CUUACCAAAUCAUAUUCCCUUCUUCGUUCCUUCCUUCCUUCUUAUCUUUCCUUUCAGCCUCUUAUUUUCCACAAACACAAAAAUCAUUUCUAAAUCCAAAUAAACCUUCUUCUUUUUUGCAGAUCUACUUAUGGAACUCAUCGGCUAUGCUUCCACUUUCUCACUUUAAUCCCACCUUCUACGAUCCAAUUUCACCAUUUUAUCCAUCCAAUCAAACCCCAAUCGAUGUCUGUAGAGCGAUCAUUCGAAGCAUGGGAAGAAGUACAACGUCACGGCCUAGAUCUAGCCGACAGAUUAACCCACGGUUUCACUGACCUCAUCCACUCACACAUCACCCCGCCAUCCUUCAACUGGCCAAACCCUCACCCACCAAAGCUAUUCGAUGUCGAAUUCAAUACCCAAUUGGUGGAACAUGAUUUCAGGAUGUUGGUUGACAGUACUAGCAAUGGGAUUAAUGGGGUUUCUGCGAUUUUUGAUAUAGGGAAUAAGUUGGGCCAGGUUGGGGCGGACUUUGGAGCGAGUUUGAAUGGGGUUGUUCAGCAGUUUGUUAGGCGGUUGCCCGUCCCGUUUCGGCAUGAGGAAGAUACGGUUAUGUUGAGGGUGGAUGAUGGGGUGCAGAGGGCUGCUGAUUUGGGGAUUAGUAUGCAGGUUAAUGAGGAUUUGGGGACGAUUGCGAAGCGGUUCAAGGAGUUCGGGUUUGAUGAGAUGGAGACGGAGACAGGGAAGGGGAAGGAUGAGUCGGGUGGGGAGGAGGUUGCUGGGAUUAAUUUGAAGGCUGCUGGAUUUUCGGGCCGGAGUCAGGGAGUUCUUAAUUUUUCGACAAUGUUUGAUAGUCGAACAUGUGGUCUAGAAAGUUCUUUAGCCGCAAGGGGAGACAUCUGGAGGAUUGAAGCAUCAAAUGGCAGUUUAACUUCCGGAAAUGUGAAUUCAAAUCUUUUUCUUGUUCAGCUUGGACCCGUCCUCUUUAUCCGUGACUCCACUCUUCUUUUACCGGUUCAUUUGUCAAAAAAACAUUUACUUUGGUAUGGUUAUGACAGAAAGAAUGGAAUACAUUCUCUUUGUCCAGCUGUGUGGUCAAAGCAUAGAAGAUAUUUAUUGAUGUCAAUGUUGUGUCUCAAUCCCAUGGCUUGUACGUUCAUGGAUUUGCAGUUUCCAAACGGUCAGCUCACGUACGUUGCUGGUGAAGGCAUAUCCACUAGCGCUUUUCUACCCCUUUUUGGCGGUCUGCUUCAAGCACAAGGGCAAUAUCCAGGAGAAAUGAAGUUCAGUUUCUCAUGCAAGAAUAAAUGGGGAACACGGAUCACGCCCAUGGUUCAAUGGCCUGCGAAAUCAUUUACAUUGGGGUUUGAACAAGCUUUGGCUUGGAAACGAUCGGGUCUCAUGGUGAGGCCUACAGUUCAGUUCAGCUUACAUCCGACAAUCGGUGGAAGCAACCCUGGACUGAAGGCAGAACUUGUGCAUUCGCUAAACGAGGAACUGAGUCUCAUCGGUGGGUGUUCUUUAGUUUCACACCCUACUGCUUUUGCAUCAGUGUCGCUAGGUAGGUCAAAGUGGAACGGGAAUGUUGGGAAAACCGGGGUAGUAUUGAGAGCUGAAACACCCCUUGGGAAUGUCGGCCGGCCUUCGUUUUCCAUUCAGUUAAAUAGUGGUAUUGAAUUUUGAUGACGAAGAAUACGGUCUUUAUAUUGUUAAGUUUUAAAGCUAUAUGGGUUAGUUCAUGUAUAUAUAUGUGAAGUUGUGAACAUAUGCUUUGAGUUUGAGCUACCACCUUUUUUUGUACGACUCUGAGCUUGAAACCAUGUUCGGAUGGUAGCGCAUAUGUAUUCCAGUUGCUGUUUGGAAGAUAAAUGAACAAUAAGUCUCGUGUAUACUCAAAACUAGUUCUUGUACUUGUAAAGUAAUUGGAAGUAUGUGAAUGUGUUUCAAUGAAGGGAUCUUGAUA